AUGAAUACAUCCAUCAUAAUAAUAUUUCAUUUAUAUCUAUCUACUAUUCGUUCUCAUCGUUUCCAUCAUCCUAUUUCUGUCUACCUCGGAUCAUCAUCCUCCUUCUCCUUCUCCUACAGCAGUAUUAGCGGCGGUAUCUCAACAACACCAGAACAAACAGAAAUCCGAAUUGAAUCAACAACCAACAUCUCAUCCAUGAAUAUUUAA